CGGAAACGACGAAAACAAAAAACGUUAUGAGCGAGGCAUUGAAGCGAAACUAUCGUGUCUGUGAGGAAAUUGGGAGGGGGCGAUUCGGCGUCGUUUUCAAGUGUUACUCGCCGGGAAACGGCGAGAAAUUCGCCGUCAAGUCUAUCAACAAGCUUUUCAUCGCCGAUGACUCGAUCGAUCGUCAAUGCCUUUAUAACGAAGCUAAAAUCAUGCAUUUGGUUUCCCCUAAUCCUCACAUUGUUCGUAUCGCCGAUUUCUACGAAGACGAUACGUACCUCGAUAUCGUUCUCGAGCUCUGCAACUCCUCAGAUCUCUUCCAACGACUCACUAGUCAACGAGUCUUUUCCGAGUCUGAUGCCAUUGCCGUUAUGGUUCCGUUGAUGGAGGCAAUAGCGCAUUGUCACCGGCUCGGCGUAGCGCACCGGGAUAUCAAGCCUGACAACAUUCUGUUUAACGACUGGAACUACCUGAAAUUGGCUGAUUUUGGCUCAGCUCAGUGUUUCCGCGACGGCGAGCUGAUGAGCGGAGUGGUAGGGACGCCGUAUUACGUGGCGCCGGAGGUUUUAGCUGGAAGAGAUUACACUGAGAAGGUAGAUAUUUGGAGUGCCGGUGUCAUUCUGUAUAUAAUGUUGGCCGGAAUCCCUCCAUUUUAUGGUGAUUCUACGGAGGAGAUUUUUGAGGCUGUUCUCAGAGCUAACGUUAGGUUUCCAACGAGGAUUUUCCAUUCCGUGUCGCCGGCGGCGAAGGAUCUGCUUCGGGGAAUGCUCUGUAAAGAUGUUUCUAGAAGAUUCUCAGCUGAACAAGUCCUUCGGCAUCCAUGGAUCACUAGCAAUGAUGAAAGAAGUUGAUGUUCUAGCUUGAAAAUUUUGGCCCCUCGGAAUCAAAUUUGGACCUCUAAUCCAACAUUAUCAAUGGAGAUGUUUAGAUAACACAUAGUUCUUGUAGAAUAAUUAAGGAAGUAUUAAUGUGUUUUAAGUAGUAUUAGUCAAUUAAGAGACAUCUUCUCUUUUUACCAAAUAUAUGUGAAUCAUCAAACUAGUCUUUCCUUUUGUUAUACUUUGAUUUAACUUUUCAUACAGAGAUCGUGAGCACUAAAAAAAAAUCAUCAUGCAUGAAUAAGUU